CCAAAGCGCAACUUUUUCCUCAGGCAAAGUGAAAUCAAGCCGCGCGCUCGGACAAAAUAUAGUUCCACGUUUUCAACUCAAAGUCUUAAAAAUAAAGCCGUGCGUGUCGAAUAGGUCGGAUAGGCUCUCGCCGUGUGGAUAUCGGAGUGGAUAUAUGCGACCGCUGAAAUCUUUAGCUCGCCUUUUGAGCACUUUUGUUUAUACUGGCGUAAAGUGGGUGAUGAGUCUUACGGCCAGUAAAGAAGCGAGAACUUGCUGUGCAGCCCGAGUAGUUCUUGCGAUUGUUAUUGUUGCUUUAAAAAAUAUUUGUAUUACGCCACAAAUAACGCGGAUCGCGUCGAAAGUGGGGGAAAAGUGCUUCUGAAGUCGGAAUAUGGAGCUACAAGGCCUUCAAGAAGCAUUGAAAGUAGAAGUCCAAUGUCAUCAGAAGCUCGCUGUCAGAAGUUGUCCUGUGGGGACAGCCGCCAAACCCCUCGCCCUCAUCAAGCCGCCCAGUCAGAGCAUCGCCAUCUCUGUGGUGCCAGCAAAGACUCCCGUUUCCAUGGUGACGGCACACAUUAAUGGACAAAAGGCGUUGAGUUCUGAGACGCUCCAGACGUCCCCCAUCAACCUCCAAACACCCGCCGGACAGCACAUCAGCCGCUCACAGAUGUUGGGAGCCCUCUCCGCGAUCCCGAUAAAGGUGCCUCACAUCAGCUCUCUGCAGCGGCUGGCAGGACACUCACCCAGUGUGCUACCUCAGGUCAGGCCAAAGACUCUCAUUCCAGACAGCCUUCCCCACAGCCCAUGCCGAGAGCAGCAGUCCGGUCAAACGCUGGCUGUGCCGCAGAGCAUGGCUGUGGUCAGCCCAAAGAACCAAGGCGCAUCUUUGCCAACUGCCAACAGCACCUUCAGUCAUGAGAGACUGUCAAAUGGGCAGGAAGAGAGUUCCUCUUUGCCCUCGUCUGCGCCGAGCACGUCCACGGCCUCCACGAGUCCAGGGGUGGCUUACGCCAUCAUCUCAGCAGCCUCGCCAGCAGCUCAUGGGGUGUCAGGAGGAGUAACCGAGGCCAUUAAGGUGCAACCGCUGAUUUUCAGCCCUGACAGCAAGGUUAUAAUCAUUCAGCCCCAGAUUCCUAGUAACUCCACGAGUUCUACAGCCUCACAAACUAGCAGUCCUGUGAAGGAGCCAAGUCCCGACCCCUCAACCCCAGACAAAAAGGAGGAGGAUCCAGAGAAAGUUGCCUUCAUGGUCGCACUAGGCCUAGUCACUACAGAACACUUGGAAGAGAUCCAGAGUAAACGGCAGGAGAGAAAAAGGCGAAGCACGGCUAACCCUGCGUACAGCGGGCUGUUUGAACCAGAGCGCAAACGGCUUGCCUCCAAUUACCUGAACAGUGCGAUGUUUCUGUCGGCGAGAGACUCUGAGGAGCUCUGCUGGAAGGAGGAGAUGCAGCAUGAUGAGCACUGUGCAGUGUGUAAACAGGAAGGAGAUCUUCAGCCGUGCCACACUUGCACCCGCUCCUACCACCCUGACUGUCUGCAUCCACCUCUCAAAACUGCCACCAGGGGCAUAUGGAUGUGCCCCAAGUGCCAGAAGAAAGUUUUGAACAAAGAGAACUUGUCUUGGCCACAGAACUUCAUCCAGUCGUAUGUUACACAUAAAACAGUGAGAGAGGAGGAGCGCGGGAAGCUAAUGAGAAGAAACACCGAGCUGAAACUUGAGUGUGAACAUCUGAGUGAUGAGGACAAGAGACUCUGCGAUUCUCUUUCGAAAUGCAUUGAGCUGAAGGAGCGUCUUUUAGGUCAGCAGCGGGAGACUCAGACGUCCCUUGAGCGUCUCAAGACUCUGAUCCGGCUCAUCCAGCGUGACCAGAUGAUCCAAGUGACUAUGACCGCCACCACCACCACCGGAGCAUCGCUGCUCUCGCUGCCGUGGAUCAAAGCCGCGGGCAGCAGCACCAGCGCCACAGCGCCCACAGCUGGCUCCUCCGCAGUACUGCACAAAACCACGCUCCAGCCGCAAGGCAACAACUGACCCCGAACCCACACAGAGACGCGCAGAACAGCUCUCUUCGUGAAGACACACGGACGGUAACAUCCAACCAACGUGCAUUUUCUUCUGGUAACGUCUUACCAUAAAAUAUUGAAAAGUUCGAACGAAAUUACGAGCGUCACUCAAUUCAUAAGUAUUUUUUAAAGCCAACACACAGUGCUCACAAUU